AUGUCGUCUCCGAAAGAGCUCUGGUGGGCAGCACGUAACCCGCCGGCCGACCCUCAGCAUCUUGACUACAAAGACAAGGCAGUCCUCGUUACGGGCGCCAACUCGGGCUUGGGCCAUGCUGCUGCCAUCAAAUACGCCGCGCUCGGUGCCAACCCUCUUAUUCUCGCUGUUCGAUCGCAGCAGAAGGGAGAAGAGGCCAAGGCCAACAUCAUACGUGCCACGAAAUGCCAACCUGACAUUUUCGUGAUCGAGAUUCUUGAGUUAACAACCCUGGCAUCGGUCAGGGAGUUUGCCGACCGCGUCAACACUCGAGUUUCUCGCCUCCACGUCGUCCAACUCGCCGCCGGAAUCUCAACGCCUGGUUUCGACAAAAGCCCCGACGGCUAUGAGAUGGGACUGCAGGUGAAUGUGUUGUCGACAACACUUUUGGCCUUACUGCUGCUACCAAAGCUGCGCGAGACUGCGGCUGCCACUGCCCCGGAUGGCUUCGUCCCGCACAUGUCCUUCGUCAACAGUAUCGCACAUCUCGAAAUCAAGCCUGAGUGGAUUUCCGACGGGGAGUCCUUGUUGCAGCGGAUGCAAAACGAGUCCAAGUUUGACAAACGCAUGUUCAUGGCCGUCUUCUACGUCUUCUUGGGCCGCUCGGCCGAGCAAGGCAGUCGGUCUAUGGUCAGUGCCACCGGUCUAGGCCCCGAAAGUCAUGGGAAGUUUUGGGUUAAUGACAAGUAUCUCCCGUAA